CAUCCCCUCCCCUCCCGUGCGGAGCGGGGGCGCGGGCGGAGCCGCUGCCGGUGCCGGCCCCGCUGGCGGAGCCGCGGUCCCUCCAUGCCGCCAUGGCCCCCGCGGCUGCCCGGCCCCAAGCCCUGGCCCUGCUGCUCGCCCUCGGCGCCCUCGCAUCCGAGUGGGCUCCCCAAAACGCCGGCGAGGCCAAAGGUAGAGGCUGGCCGAGCAGCCCCCCGCCGUGGCACCCAUCGAGCAGAGACCCCGCGGGGCGACCCAACAACGCCACCAACCCUGGAGAUGCCACCGCGGGUGGUGACCCCCCAGCGGGACCCCAAUUAGAGCCCCCAGCCAGGGGUGCGGCCACCACGGACCCAGCGGCGAUGCCCGAGGGGUGCACGGGGUGCACCGGAGAGGGCGACGCCAGCGCUCUGCCCCCCAAAUUCAACUCGGCGGAUGACGGCCAAGCGGCGGUGACCUGGCCGGGGGACGGGGGGACGGUGGCACUCAGUACCCCCGAGGAGCCAGGCAGCGGCGAGUGGCCCACGCGAGCCUCCUUGCCCAGCCCAGAGGGUUUUGGGGGGCUGACGGCCGCUCCGUCGAGCGCCCCACGUCCACGCUUUGCCACCGAUUCGGCCGAAUCCGAUUUGUUGCUGGUGGCCAAGGGCUCGGCCGCGCCGCAGACCCCCAUGCCGGGUGAUGCCAGCCCCGUGCCGGGCAUCGUGGGGGACUCCGGGCAUCGCCAGGAGCUCUGGGUGGCCGCAUCCAGCCCAGCCCCGGCACAAGGCGCUCGUGGCCGGACGGAUCUGACGUGGUUGGAGGUGGAGGAGCCCAUCACCGGCAUCCCGGGCACAGCCGAGCCACCCGCAGACCGGACGGCUUCGGAGAUCAUCGAUGUUGACUACUACGACCUCUUUGAGGGGGGCGAGGGGGGCUUGGGGGGCUUCCCCGGUGGUGGCCGGGGGGCAGGCGGCUCGGCACGGCGGCGAGAGCCGGAGGGAGCAGCCACGCCGUGGGCGCUCCAUGAGCUCUACGAUGACUUCACGCCCUUCGACGAAGCCGAUUUCUACCCCACCACCUCCUUCUACGCCGACGGGGAUGAGGAGGAUGAGCUGGAGGAGGAGGAGGACGAAGAGGAAGAGGAGGAAGAUGGGGGACUGGAGGAUGAGAAUGGCUACCGGUUGCCCACCCCGGCCGUGCCCGGCGCUCAACCAGCACCGCGGGACCCUCAACCCACGGGCCAAGACGAGGUGGCCCCACCACGGCCCUCGAGCAUGGCGGGGGGCAGCCCCACGGCACGGCCGCGUCCCGGCGAGCGGGGCCAGCUGGAGAACGGCACCGAGUGCCGGAGCGGUUACGUACGGCACAACAGCUCCUGCCGCUCCAUCUGCGACCUCGUCCCCAGCUACUGCCACAACGGCGGCCAAUGCUACCUGGUGGAGAGCCACGGGGCCUUCUGCCGGUGCAACACGCAGGACUACACGUGGCACAAGGGUAUGCGCUGCGAGGCCAUCGUCACCGACUUCCAGGUGAUGUGCGUGGCCGUGGGCUCGGCCGCCCUCGUGGUGCUGCUGCUCUUCAUGCUCACCGUCUUCUUCGCCAAGAAGCUCUACCUGCUCAAGACGGAGAACAGCAAACUGCGCAAGACCAAAUACCGCACUCCGUCGGAGCUGCACAAUGACAACUUCUCCCUCUCCACCAUCGCCGAGGGCUCCCACCCAAACAGAGAAGCGAAAGGCUCUGCCGAGCGCGACCCGGAGGAGAAGCGUAGGUCCCUCUAGCUUUUGCCUUAGCCCUGAGAUGGUUUUCCUCAUCUUUUGACCACCUUUAGCAGCCGUAGCGUUUGCCACCGCUCGGUCCGACCAACCUGGCAGGAGGCUCCCGGAGCCGGCUCGCUCGCCGCUGCGGAGAGGACAGACCUUGGGAUGAAUUUGGUGGUGCUUCCUGGUACCUCGCUGGGGUUCAACCCAUCCCUCGUCCCCUCUGGGAUGUGGAGGGCUCGGUCCCGGCUGGGAUGAAGCGUACUGAGGAUGCGGAGGGGACAACGGUGUCAACACCCCUGGGAAAAGGGGUUUUUGGAGACACGCGGUGCAACUCCUCCACUUGGCGAGGAGCUUGGUGCUCUGGAAGUGGUGCCCAUCCCGUGGGGUUUGCUGUGACCCCAGACCAGCCGGGAAUGGCUCAUAGUCACCACCCAGAAGACAGAGGUUUCCUAUCUUCGUAUGAAGCAGCCCUUGGGUGUCUCCAUCCACGUGGCACCUGGAGCACCAGAACCACGAUGAAGAUGGUGGAUAUCUCACCACCUUGGACCAUUGCACCCUCGCGGACCCCCACACCAGGGCUCAUCCUGCCCUGCCAGCAACACUGGUGACACCAGGACCACCCAGGCAUGGACGUUCCCCAAUGCUCAACCCUGGUGCCAGUGGGGCUUCUCUCCCCAUGGAUGCUGGACCACCUCUGGACCAGAUGCUCCCAGCAGCUGUUGGGGAGAUGUUCAGAAGAGGCAACCUCGUCUUUGCCAACAAAUCUGGCUGUACACUAAAAAAACCCUACAAUAAAUCCAACCCCUUGGGUCUCCUGCCAAGCUCCGCUUGGGGAGUUGAUAAUUGAUGUGGGGAUGAUGGGAUGAGCCGGGCUGGA